AUGUGGAACCUGCCACUUGGCGAUGCCGGCGGGUCGAGCAGAUCAGGCAUGCGGGCGACGCUAGGAAGCAGUUGGGGACGAGUAAGAGCAACCCAGGCCAUGGGCAACGCUGGAGCAAGAGAGGUCAGCGCCAGUGAUUCGCCGGGACUGCAAGGUGGCGCCAGGCACAUGCUGGGCAAGCCAGGCGGCGCUAGGCAUGCGCCAAGCACAUCAGGCAACGCUAAGAACGCAUUGGGAGUGCCGGCCGUGGAGGACUAUAGGUUGGGCAUCUGUCGUGGCGAAUUGGGUGGCACCAGUGGUGGUAAUGACGGGUUGGG